AUGAGAGGGAACGGGACAAAGUCCUUGACCAUCGUUAUCAAGCUUGGAACGAGCUCAAUUGUCGAUGAAAAGACUCAUGAGCCACUUCUUCCAAUUCUUACUCUCAUCGUUGACACGGCUGUGAAGCUCCGCAAGGAUGGCCACCGAGUGGUUAUUGUUUCAUCGGGAGCUAUCGGCGUUGGACUCCGGCGUAUGGAUGUAGAAAAGCGACCUAAGCAUCUCGCACAGCUACAGGCACUCGCCGCGAUAGGCCAAUGUCGAUUGAUGAGUCUAUGGGAUAGUCUGUUUACACAUCUCAGGCAGCCAAUUGCUCAGAUUCUCCUUACUCGAAACGAUAUUGCAGACCGGACUAGAUAUUUCAAUGCUCAGAACACCUUCCAUGCACUCCUGGAGCAGGGUGUCAUUCCCAUUGUCAACGAGAAUGACACUCUCGCUGUUUCCGAGAUCAAGUUUGGCGACAACGAUACUCUCUCUGCCAUCACUGCCGCCAUGAUUCAUGCCGACAUGCUGUUCCUGAUGACAGAUGUUGACUGCCUGUACGACAAGAACCCUCGAAGUAACCCAGAUGCCAAACCUAUUGAAGUGGUUGAGGAUAUUGCUGCUCUCCAAGCUGAUGUUUCGAGUGCUGGCUCAUCGCUUGGAACUGGAGGCAUGAGUACGAAGAUUGUUGCUGCCAGACUGGGAGUUUCUGCAGGUGUUACCACCGUGAUUACGAGGUCGUCUAACCCUGGAAACGUGCUCAACAUCGUCCAGUACCUCCAAUCAAUACAACGAGGGACCACCCCUCCCAGUCCCGAUGAGCGCGCUGAAGGCUUGACUAGGUCAGCGUCAGCUCUGUCACUCUCAGCCUCCAAUGGCAAUGGUGCCCCCUGGCCACCACUACAUACCCGAUUCGUCCCUGCCAACAACCCCAUCCGGGACCGUCAUUUCUGGCUGCUUCACACCCCCUAUCCGCAUGGCACCCUCUACAUUGACUCAGGAGCCUAUAAGGCACUUGUUGGCAAGGCUGGCCUGCUCCCUGUCGGUGUCGUUGAUGUUGAGGGUAACUUUGCUCAGCAGGAAGUGGUGCGGCUCGUGACAGUCAAGCGACGAUCCACUCCUGGACCAGAUGGUAAGAUGUGGGAGGGUACCCCUGAGGAAGUCGGCCGAGCUUUGGUCAACUAUGCCGCUGCUGAGAUCGCGCGGAUCAAGGGAAAGCAGAGCGUGGAGAUUGAGAAGAUUCUUGGUUAUGCUGAUAGUGAGUACGUCGCUCACCGACAGCAUGUUGGUUUCUUUGGAAAAGGCAGUAGACCGGUGAGUCCUGCUCAGGAGAUCAUUUCGGCCGUGAUGGAGUAG